UCUCAUCAACAUCAACUCAUUAACACCUUCUCCAAAUUUUAAGGUUAUGUCACUUGUUACUUGUCAAUUGAUGCUUGACAUAAAUUGUUCUUUCAGGUUUUCAAAUUUAAUGUUUCCAAGAGGUUUGGUAAAUAUGUCGGCGAUUUGUUUUUCAGUUGAACAAUACUUUAUGUUUAUAAUACCUUCUCGCACCUUUUCAUUUAUAAAAUGAAAUCUUACAUCUAUGUGCUUGCUUCGUCGAUUGAACUGUCCGGUUUUCACUAUUGAGAUUGCACUCUGAUUAUCAACGUACAAAUCUAUCUUCACUUCACCAUUGGUUAUGACGUCCAGGGUGUCUUUAUGCAAAACUGGGACAUCGCGGACGAAAAGGGGGUCUGCUCGGCCGACGCAGACUACAAGGACGCAGCCCUAGUCUGCGGCAAGCUCAACAUCAAGUUAACCCACGUCAACUUCGUCAAACAUUACUGGAAUGAAGUGUUUUGCGAGCUGGUACGGGAGUACGAGAGCGGCUGCACCCCAAACCCCGACAUUCUUUGUAACAGAAAUGUGAAGUUUCGAUAUUUUUACAAGUAUGCUGUGGAGAAGCUGGGGGCGGACGCUAUAGCCACAGGGCACUAUGCAAGGAGUAGUUUUGGUCCAUUUUUGGAAAAUUACGACGAGAAGAGUGGGGUGAGGUUGUACCUGGCGAGAGACUGGAUUAAAGAUCAGACGUUUUUUUUGUGUCAAGUGAGACAAAAAGCGCUGCAAAGGACGAUGUUUCCGCUGGGGGAUUUAAUGAAAAGUGAGGUCAAAAGAAUCGCCACAGUGAAUGGGUUGGAGAAAAUCGCAAAAAAGAAGGAGAGUAUGGGGAUUUGCUUCAUUGGAAAUAGAAAAUUCCAGGAUUUUAUUAAAGAGUACAUAGAAGACAAACCUGGCGACUUUGUAGACGUGGAUGACAACAAAAUUGUAGGACAGCAUAAUGGAAUCCACCAAUGGACUUUAGGUCAAAGGGCACGCAUACACAGCUUAGAAAAACCCUACUUCACGGCCAAAAAGGAUGUAGAAACUAACACAAUUUACGUGGCAAAGGGCACAAAACACCCUUUUCUCUACACAAAUUUAAUUUUUACGUCAAAACCGUACUGGAUACAUUCAAAGCCCAAGGAUCUAGAGAAUGGAGACAUUUUGGACUGUGAUUUUAAAUUCCAACAUACUAAACACUGGGUUCCUUGCAAGGUCUGUCAAACUGAUAAAGGUUUGGUCAUUAAAGUAAAUAAGUACAAAAGAGCGGUAACACCUGGACAAUACGCCGUCUUAGCGAAAAAUGGAGAAUGUCUAGGUAGUGCGAAAAUCACAAACAGCGGCCCUUCACAUUUCACUCUAUAUUAUUUACAAGAUAAAAAAAUAAACAACGUUCCUUCAAUUGUAGACAAAUAUGUAACAAAAAUAACUGAAGAAGAAGAUUACCUUACUGAUAACGAAGACGUAAAAAUCUGUGUGAAUAGGUGAAUAAAUAAAAUUUUAUCUUCGUU